AUGGGCUUCGGCGCUUUCGACACGGUAUGCGAGCAAUCGCCUCUGCCAUUGUGCUACCUUCUCGGACCACCCACCGAUUUCACAGCCGCUCAUAACCCAGCAUUAUUACCAGAAUGCAGUGCUCGAUCGAUAGAAUUAGGCAACACCAUCAUCUUCCAGGCUGCCACCGACUUUGCACACAUAGCCGCAUUGUCCAUGACUGCCAUCAUGAUCUUCCACGUUCGCUCGAAAUUUACCGCCGUGGGCCGCAAAGAAAUUCUGACCUUCUUCUACAUCUACAGUCUGUUGACAAUCGUCAGCUUGGUCUUGGACGCAGGUGUGAUUGAAGCGACGAAUCAAAGUGCAUUCCCCUGGUUCGUGGCGGUACAGAAUGGCCUAGCCAGUGCGCUCUGCACGAGUCUUUUGAUCAAUGGAUUCGUCGGGUUUCAACUGUACGAAGACGGAACCACACUUUCGGUGUGGCUGUUGCGGCUAGGGAGUCUGAUCAUGUUCAUCAUCAGCUUUGCCGUCAGUCUCCUUACGUUCAAGGGAUGGGCAGGUCUUUCACCCACAAACACCACCGGCCUAUUCAUUGUUCUGUACAUCAUCAACGCUAUCUGUCUGGCGGUUUAUUUCGUCAUGCAAAUCAUUCUGGUCGCAAAUACCUUGCAAGAUAGGUGGCCAUUGGGAGAUUUGGCAUUUGGCGCAUUCUUCUUCAUCAUUGGGCAGGUCAUUCUGUAUGUAUUCGGCAAAAAGAUCUGUGAAGGAGUUAGUCACUAUCUUGACGGAUUGUUCUUUGCCACUGUCUGCAACUUGUUGGGUGUCAUGAUGGUGUACAAGUACUGGGACAGCAUUACCAAAGAAGAUCUCGAAUUCAGUGUCGGCACCAAGCAAGGCAAUUGGGACGUCAAGGAAGGACUACUGGAGCCCAGUGCAAGUGAAGACUUCCGAACAAGCGUCUAUGGCUUUGGUCGAGAAAGUGUUUACGAUUCCCCCAGCAUGGAAUAUCCGCCUCAGCACCCAACACAGUUUCCUUCGACUCGAAACUCGGGGUAUGGAAAUUUGAUUGAAGCUAGACACAGUUAUGGCGAUAUUCGGAAGCAACUGGGGAAUUAUGAAGAUUAUGAUGCGAUGAGAGCUCGAGACGGGGAAUAUGCUUAUUAG